AACCCGCCCGCACACAGGAAGCUGUCCUCCAUGGUGUCAUUGUUGUAAGUCCGUGGAGGUUGAACGGACAGAUACCGAUCAUGUCUGGUUACACACCGGACGAGAAGCUCCGCGUGGAGCAGGUCUGGAAGCUGCGACGGCAGUGGCUGAAGGACCAGGAGCUCAGCCCCAGGGAGCCGCUGCGGCCACCCAAAGCCCUCGGCGCCGUUGAGAAGUUCUGGGCUGGUUUUGUGGAGCCGAAGAGCCUGUGGAGGCUUUACACCUACAAAACAUACAGAGGUGGAGUUUUCGCAUUAACUCGGCUGCUGAUACCUGCCUGGGUUGUUCACUACUGUGUCAAAUAUCACAUUGCUAAAAGACCAUAUGGCAUCGUGGAACUGAAGCCCAAGCUCUUCCCUGGUGACACCAUUAUGGAGACGGGCGAGGUUGUUCCAGAUCUCCCUGAGACUCAUGCUCAUCAUUGAAGCAGAAACAGUUCACUUGUUUCCUUGACUUUCUGUUGUAAAAAAAAUAUGUAUAUUACAUUAAAAUAUUAAGAAGUCAUUUAUGACUGAUUGUGACAUUAA